AUGUUAAUGAAUAUUCUACAAAUGAAAAAAGCACACAAAGCAAUCUGCAGUCUAAUUGUAUUAACGGGAGUUACAUUUCAGAGCUUGGAUGAUGCCAAAUCAGGUGAAAUUCAAAAUUCCAAUCCACUUGAAGAUCCUGGAAAUAAAGGACAAGUAGCACAUUCCACACACCAUGAUUUUGAAAUGUAUUCUGUGGAUGAAACUAAAAUAUCUAUAUGUUCCCGAAAUAUUACAUCUAUUGAUAGCAAUAUCAAAAGACUAGUAAAGCUAGAAGUAUUAGAUCUCAGUGAUAACGAUCUCGAAACACUACCAUCUGAGAUAGGAGAGUUAAAGAAUUUACGAGAACUAUAUCUUAUUAAUAACAAUUUUGAGACAUUACCAUCUGAGAUAGGAGGAUUGAAGAAUCUAAAAAUAUUAGUUCUUAGUGGUAACAAGCUAAAAUCAUUACCACCUGAGAUAGAAAACCUAACGAAUCUACAGGAAUUGUAUCCUAUUAAUAACGAAUUUGAAAUAUUUCCAGCUGUAAUAGGAAAGCUGAAGAAUCUAAGAAUAUUAUUUUUUAGUGGUAACAAGCUAAAAUCAUUAUCACCUGAGAUAGAAAACCUGAAGAGUCUUCAGUACUUGUAUCUC